AUGACAAGCGAUCAAAAAUUAAAAGACCGUGUUGCUAUUGUUACGGGCGCCGAUAGCGGUAUUGGUCAAGGAAUUGCAAUUGCAUUUGCUAAAGCUGGUGCAGAUGUUGUUAUAACAUAUCGAUCAGACGAAGAUGGUGCAAAAGAAACUGCUAAACUUGUUAAUGAAACUGGUCGAAAAUCAUUAGUUGUUCAUACAGAUGUUGGAGAUGAAGCACAAGUACAAAAAUUAUUUGAUAAAACAUUAUCAGAAUUUAAACGACUUGAUAUUCUUGUAAAUAAUGCAGGAACGAUGGGUACAGGUAAACCAGUACAUGAAAGUGAUUUUGAUGAAUGGGAAAAAGUUAUUCGUACUAAUUUACAUGGACCAUUUUUAUGUUCAAAAUUAGCUGCGAAACAAUUUAUUAAACAAAUUGAAUCGGAAGGAAAACAAAAAACAGAAAAUCGAGGAAAACGAAGUGGAAAUAUAAUUAAUAUAUCAAGUGUUCACGAAGAAGCCGUUUCUCUUGACCAAGGUGCAUAUGCUGUAUCAAAAGGUGGUCUUCGUAAUUUAACUCGAGCUAUGGCAUUAGAAUUAUCUAAAUAUGGUAUUCGUGUUAAUGAUGUUGCACCUGGUAUGAUUUUAACACCUAUGAAUCAAGAUUCAGUUGAUGAUGAAAAAAAACGUAAAGAACAAGAAAAAGAAAUUCCAAUAAAACGAGCGGGAAUGCCAGAAGAUAUAGCUAAUAUGGUCUUAUUUUUAUGUUCGGAUGAUGCAAGUUAUUGUACAGGUGCAACAUUUUAUGUAGAUGGUGGAUGGAUGUUAACUCGUCCAGACGUUUAA